ACAGCAGGAGACAGCUGGGACAGCGCUACAGCUUCAGCUCCUAUUGGUGGCGGCUCCAAACCUGCUCCGCCCACUUCAGCGCACACUGGGGGCCCUUGGGUUCCAACCCUUAAGCAGGGGAGGUCUCUCUAAGCCAUCCCUGCGCUCAGGCUUCGGUCUCCAGCCCUCAGCAGCCAACUACCCUGAAGAUCACAAAUGGACCCGGAGAGAUUGCUACGCUAGGCAAAGCAGACCUAAAGGAUCCGACUCAUUUUUUUUUUUUUCUCAACUGGAAAAGAGGGUCCACGGAAGCCACCAAAAGAAGCACCAAAGGGAGGGUGCAAUUUGGAAAAAGGACUAGGGUGGCGCGAUUUAGACUUCUCUGCACUGCGAAGCACGAAGAGCCCCAUCCUAUUUCAUUACCUAUCCACGGUUCAUGCAAUCACGCGCACAUCUGCCCAAGAGCCCAAGUCCCUGAACAAUGGAAGUCUCUAACCUCUCAGGCGCCACCCCUGGCAUCACCUUUACCCAGGGACUGGAGAGCUGCAGUGAGAGCCCAAAUUCCGGCAGGGACGUGGGGUACACCCCAGGUGGACUCAUCUUGCCGAGCCGUGAGCCACCCUUUUCCAUCUUCACUGUGCUCGUGGUGACUCUAUUGGUGUUGCUGAUCGCUGCCACUUUCUUAUGGAACCUGCUAGUUCUGGUGACCAUCCUGCGUGUCCGCACCUUCCACCGCGUGCCACAUAACUUGGUGGCCUCGACAGCGGUCUCGGACGUGCUUGUGGCAGCCCUGGUGAUGCCACUGAGCCUGGUAAGCGAGUUGUCAACUGGGCGACGCUGGCAGCUGGGCAGAAGUCUGUGCCACGUGUGGAUCUCCUUCGACGUGUUAUGCUGCACAGCCAGCAUCUGGAACGUGGCGGCCAUCGCCCUGGACCGCUACUGGACCAUCACGCGUCACCUACAGUACACGCUGCGCACCCGGCGCCGCGCUUCAGCGCUCAUGAUCGGGAUCACCUGGGCACUGUCUGCGCUCAUCGCGCUCGCACCGCUGCUCUUUGGCUGGGGAGAAGCCUAUGAUGCUCGGCUACAGCGUUGCCAGGUGAGCCAGGAGCCCUCCUAUGCUGUCUUCUCCACCUGCGGAGCCUUCUACCUGCCUCUGGCGGUGGUGCUCUUCGUCUACUGGAAGAUUUACAAAGCCGCCAAGUUUCGCUUUGGCCGUAGACGGAGGGCUGUGGUGCCUUUGCCUGACACCAAGCAGGCGAAGAAGGCGCCUCAGGAGGCUGAGAUGGUGUUCACAGCACGCUGCAGAGCCACAGUGACCUUCCAGACGAGCGGAGACUCGUGGCGGGAGCAGAAGGAGAAGCGGGCAGCCAUGAUGGUGGGGAUCUUGAUCGGCGUGUUUGUGCUGUGUUGGAUUCCUUUCUUCCUGACGGAGCUCAUCAGCCCGCUCUGUGCCUGUAGCCUGCCACCAAUCUGGAAAAGCAUAUUCCUGUGGCUUGGGUACUCCAAUUCCUUCUUCAACCCCUUGAUUUACACAGCCUUUAAUAAGAACUACAACAAUGCCUUCAAGAGCCUCUUCACUAAGCAGAGAUAGAAAGGGCUGGGGGACAUAAGGGAAGACCAGGGAAGAACAAGGGGUUUGUGAUUCCUGUUUCAACGUGGGCAUUCUCUCCACCACACACUAACGACACUUCAAAAGUCACACCAUUGGGCCUGGAAUAUGGAAUGAUUCUCAGGAAGGACACAACUGUUUGGCAACACACCCAUGCCUUCUACAGAAAGACACAACAGACAUUACUAGUGGAUUGUGGUACACGUCUGCACUAGGCAGAAACCCUGCCAAACCCUUCCAGGUUAUACUUUAGGUAGUACUGUAAUUCAUUAGAUUUGACAUGUGACAAAGUUGAUAUGCUUUUGUUUUAUUUAAUUUUCUGCUCUUCAGUGAGGGCCUCUCAGGGCUUUCCUGAGAUUGUCUCCUUGACAUAGCUUCUGCUUUCCUCUCUCCACCAGAAGAGUUUGCCCUUAUCAGCUUCGUGCACACCUCCGCAAGGCGAUGAUUCUUAGCUUGGAAACAUAUGAACCUCAUCUGAAGCCCUGUUAAAAAGUGUUUCAUGCAGGUGUCUUCAAGAUGGCUCAGUGGAUAAAGGCUCCUGCCACCAAGCCUGGGGAACUGCUUUUGAGCCUUGAGACCCACAUAGUCGCAGGGAAGAGAGAAAUCCAACUACUGCAAGUUGUCCCCGACCUGCACAUAUGUGCCAGCAGCCCUCUC